AGUAUUAAAAAAAAAUUGCCAAUAUUUUUCCACAAGAAGAUAGACUAAAAGGUACUUACGAAGCUUCUGGCUUCAGAUCAUUUUUAAUAAGGAAAACCAAAAUAGUAUAAUUACUUACCAAAGACGCGAAUGGCUGGCGGGUGCGAGUGAUUAAAUACGAUUAGAGAGAGAGAGAGAAAAGCUUGAAACUUUGACGAUUUCGACAUCUAAAAGGAGAUUGUAAUUGACCGCAAGAAAGAAGAUUCCUCGGCAAGAAUCUUUCAUGACGACCAGUUUCGCAUUCACCGGUGAUGAUGACUCUUCAAAGCAACUCGUCUUGCUUGCAUCCGUUUGUUCCGGCAUGCUCAUGUGCAAAAUCGUUUAUGACUUGACUGGUUUCAUAAGUCCUUUGCUCUUCAGUGCUUAUGGGAAACUCGACAGCAAAGUUAGAAUGGAAUGGAACAACAGGGGAUUCUCAACGUUCCAUGCUGUUUUUGUGUCUGUGGCUUCAAUCUAUCUCCUGGUGAUUUCAGAUCAGUUUGAUGAGAGUGUUCAUGGUGAUUUAGUCAUCAAUAGUACAACGAGGCUAUCGGAAUCUGUAAUGGGGAUCUCCUUAGGCUAUUUUGUAGCAGACUUAAUGAUGAUCUUUUGGCAUUUUCCUACUCUUGGUGGUGUUGAAUAUGUUUUCCAUCACUGCUUAUCAAUGUUCUCCAUUAUUCUUUCUGUCACAAGUGGACAAGCACAGUUCUACAUAUUCAUGGUUCUCUUAUCGGAGGCCACUACCCCGUUUGUCAACCUACGGUGGUACUUGGAUGCUAGUGGUCAAAAAGGCUCCAAGGCUUACACACUCAAUGGAAUUGCCCUUUUCUUGGGUUGGCUGGUGGCGAGGAUCCUUUUGUUUAUCUACUUCUUUGUACACAUGUACUCCCAUUUCCAUCAGGUGAAGCAAGUGUUUCCACUGGGAUUUUACAGCCUUCUUGCGGUAGGACCGGUCCUGUCAACGAUGAAUCUUCUUUGGUUCUGGAAGAUCACCAAAGGAUUAAUCAAAACAAUCUCCAAGGCGACCGGGAAGAAAAAACAGUGAUGGUCUCUGCUUGACAUGAAAAUGGAUUUGGAUUGCAUUCACUUUGAUCUGUUCAUGAAAAAAGAUUGAUUGAUAUCAUGUUGUGCCUUUUCUAUGGAAAUUGUAUAUUCACAACCUUCAGCUAUUUCUUAGUUAUUCAACUUGUAAAGUUUUAAGCAGAAUCAGAGUUUCAGGUCACUCAGAUUUUAUUGAUGCUAGUUUUAUCA